AUGGGAAGCCAAUACAAUAACUGGGCUACCCUCUUCAAGCUCCAUUGUCGUGCCAACUUGGUGAUCGACCAUAUCCUACCUCCUGCCUCUCCCACCGUGCCACCACCGGCUACUGCAGCCGAGAAACUUGCUGCUAAGGCACUAUGGGAACGGCUGGAUGACAUUGUUCGGCAAUGGAUUUAUGGCACCAUAUCCAAUGAUCUUCUUAACACGAUCAUUCAUCCGUAUGACACCGCCGCCGAGGCUUGGGACCGCCUUGUUCAUCUUUUUCAGGACAAUAAAUCGGCUAGGGCUCUCGCUCUUGAUGCGAAGUUCACCAACACCAAAUUGGUGGAUUUUCCGAAUGUGAAAGCCUACUGCACCAGGCUGAAAGUUCUUGCAGACAACCUUGCCAACGUCGGUCACAAAGUUUCCGACGAACGACUUGUGCUUCGCCUUCUGCGAGGGUUGUCGGACGAAUAUAAGACUUUUCGCACAACGGUGCAGCACCGUACUCCUCUCCCGUCUUUUGAUGUUGUCCGGUCGAUGCUUGAGCUUGAGGAAGAUAGCCAUGCUGAGGACGCCAUUCACGACGCCGGCUCAACUGCUGCUCUUGUUUCCCACAAUGUUACUCCUCAGCAUUUCUCAGGAUUUACGGACAGGGAGCAAACUUCAUCGAGAUGUGAGAGUUCGGGUGAUCUUUAUCCAUUCUUCCCAAAUUUUCGAGCCAUCUCGCCAUUCGCACCAUCUCGCUUUUAG